AUGGAUCUUUUUCGCCGCUUAAUUCCAUCAAACAAGGAUGGCGCAGGUGACCAUUCCCAGCGGGGGCGUUUGCCGCCGAACAAGUGCGUCAUGUCGAACUUCAAUUUUGGUCCUACCCUCGGCACAGGUUCUUUUGGGCGUGUGUUCAUGGCGAAACGGAGGGACGACCCAAAUGCACCUCCAGUUGCAAUCAAGAGGCUGAAGAAGGCGGCGGUUAUCCGUCAGAAACAGGUCGAUCAUAUUCUCUCAGAGAAACGAAUCCUUCAGAUGAUCAACCAUCGCUUCACGGUCAACAUGCUGGGAACCUUCAAGGACGAUCGGUAUCUUUACAUCGUCAUGGAAUACGUUAUUGGUGGUGAAUUUUUCACUCUUCUGAGAAAGACGAGACGUUUCGAGAACGAUGCGGCGCGGUUCUAUGCUGCGCAAGUCACCCUGAUUUUUGAGUACUUGCACGACCGAAACAUCAUCUACAGAGAUCUCAAGCCGGAAAACUUGUUAGUCGAUGCGGAAGGGUACUUGAAGCUAACAGAUUUCGGUUUCGCAAAAGUCAUCGAGUACCGCACAUACACCCUUUGCGGAACUCCAGAAUAUAUUGCUCCAGAGGUGCUGUUAAACAAAGGGCACGGAAAGCCAGUUGAUUGGUGGACGUUGGGAAUCCUGAUCUACGAGAUGAUUCUCGGCUAUCCCCCCUUUUUUGACGAUGAGCCAAUGGGAGUUUACCAGAAAAUUUUGGGAGGCCGGAUAGCUUUCCCGAAGUUCUUCGAUAAGAACGCUAAAGUUCUCGUGAAACGCUUGCUAACUCCUGAUCUUGCUCAGCGUUAUGGUAAUUUGAAGAAUGGGGUGGCGGACGUCAAGGAUCACAGAUGGUUCGCCGGUUUUGAUUGGAACGCAUGCUUAAAGAAGACCCUGCCUCCGCCUUACAAACCUCCUGUCAAGGGAAUGGAUGACACUUCUAACUUUGAGGCGUACCCAGAGUCAACUGAACAAGCACCCCCUGUCACGGGCACCAUGGACCCUUUCACAUCGUGGUAA